GUUAUUGUUUACAAAUACUCGACCAAUGCAUUGAAUUUUCAUACAUCGAGUCAUAUUCAGUUUACUUUAGUGCGUAUACCUAACAAGGAGACAAAAUAUAUGUGCAUUCAAAAAAUAAAUGGGAAUUCUAUUAGUAUCAAGAUGGUUCAAAUAUAUAAAGCGCGUUAUUUCCACGGCAAAGUCAAGAUUAAAACUUUUCCUGAGAAAAAUCAAAAACAUGAGGCAACUCAAAGCCAGUCUUUGGAUAGUAACGACUGGAUCCAUUUUGAUCACAUUGGUGAUAUACCAUCUCUACCGCACUCCUAUCGUACCUCGUUCCCCACGCCUAAUCACUGCAGUCACUACAGAAAAGAAUACGGCUAGCCUGGAGGAUGAUGCUGACUACAAACCCUUAAAACACAUACCCCUUGAUGAAGUAUAUAAAAAUACAUUAGAAAAUGACACGGAGUACUCCAUGGAGAAAGAUGAAUACGCCAAAGCACAAAUGAUAAAUACAGCAGGCUGCAAGAUUCCACUCACCAUGGUACCCUACGAGAAACGAGACCGAAAACCUAAGGUAGACGUGUGUGGACAACGAGCUGUGUUUUUAAAUAGAAUUGACUUGGACCGGGUCCGUGUUACAGUCAAUGAUCAUAUUCUUAAAAAGAAUAUGAGCUACAGUAAUUAUCGCUGCUGCUUACGGUUCUAUAUAAAAACGGAAGGUGAAAAUGAGAACAUAAAAAGGAAUUUUGUCUAUUACAGGUUCUCCAGUUGCUAUAAAUGUGAAAAUGGUGAUACGUUUGCAUUGGAGAGCGACUUUAUCAAUGUACAAUGCUUCGGUUACGAUGACCAAAAUGAAUCGCAUAUGAUUUAUGAAGACAUGUACGCUUUCACGAAACAAAAAAUUCCACCCAAGGUGGAGAAGGAAUGUGAUGAGAAAUACAAUAUACUAAUGUUGGGAAUGGAUUCCAUGUCCUUACCUAGAUUUGUUCAAACUAUGACUGAUACCGUUCUAUUUAUGAAAAACAACUUUUGGUUAAGUUACAGAGGAUAUCACAAGGUGGGCGAUAACACAUUUCCUAAUUUGAUGGCAGCAUUGACGGGCUUGAAUAUGACACUUGUUUCCGAUAAAUGCUAUGGGAAAAUGGAUGGUUGCAAUGAUCUCAUGAUUUGGAACACAUUUAAAGAGUCCGGCUACAUGACAGCAUAUGGAGAAGAUCAUUUGACGCUACCGGAUACAUUCAGUAAGAACUACACGUUCAAAUUACCUCCGACCGAUCAUUACUUGAGACCAUUUUUCCAAUUAGCUGAGAAAACAAAGAAUGUCGAUGGGAUUCCAUACAUGUGUUCAGGAAAAGCAACCUCUGGACAACAAUUAUUGGACUACGCGUAUGACUUCGUAUCGACUUAUAAGAAUGAAUCAUUUUUCGGAUUGUUCUGGAUGAACUCGUUCAGUCACAAUCCGAUGAAUCGACCUGAAGAUGCAGAUAAAAUGUUUGAAAACUUUUUUAAUCGCCUCUUUUAUACUGGAGCUUUAUCAAACACAUUUAUAAUAUUCUUUAGCGAUCAUGGAUUACGCUUUGGUCCAAAUCGCUACAAAGUGGAGGGCUAUUAUGACGACCGCAUGCCAUUUUUGUUCAUUUUACCACCAACAACAUUUAAAUCGAAAUAUCCAGAAAAGUAUAAAGCUAUGGCAAUAAAUCAGUUCAGACUAAUGACUCCUUACGACCUAUACCACACGAUGAUGGAAGUUUUUGACUUGGGUCUAUGUAAAACUAAACCAACUGUGACUGUUCCAAAGGCAUUUCAUAAAUAUCAAAGUAUUUUUAGUGUAAUAAGCGGAAAUCGCACUUGUCAAGACGCACGUAUUCACGAUAAGUGGUGUAGUUGUCACAAAUUGUAUCCCCUCGAGGAGCACGAUACGGAAGGAGCGAAGGCAAUUCAAUUUGUAUUUGCCAGCAUUCAGAACAAAUCUUUGUCGGUUGUUACUAAGCCUUGUACCACUUGCUUAAGUAUUAAGCUUGAUAAAGUUGUUCGUAUACAUUUUUACUAUGACAAUGAUAAGGUGAAUCUGUACUAUGUUGUCGCAAUUAAAAUAGCCCCGGGCGACGUCAUCUAUGAAGCUACUGUUAAGCGCCAGGAAUCCAAUAUGGAAAUUGUCGGCCCCAUUAAUAUUAUAACAGUCUACAAAGGUCUCGGUUCUUGUUCUUUGCGUCAUAAGGAUCGCAUCUUUUGCAUGUGUAAGAACGAUUGUUAAGCUUAAAUUUAGUUCCUUGUCAGUAAGUACCUCCCGGUAUGUAACGUUUUGAAACUCCUUUUAACUUUGUAAGUCUAUACUGUUGUUUAUAAUAUAAUUUAAGAUUAAAUUAAAUUUUUAUGACUAAAUUAACGAAUGAUUUCGUUUGUCUGUGAUACUUUAUACUUAACUAUACUUUUUUUAUGCCAGUUUUCAAGUGGACGUCCUGAAUUAGAUAUUUUUGUAAUUUAGUUUUGAAAUGUUUCAAUUUUUCUAUUUAUUUUUAUAAAAGUAUACU